GUUACUAUGGUUUCGCAAACACAGCUCUACUUGAAGUGUGUGUGGCGCAGGUAAUUGUCGUCACCAUAAACAUAUUCUGUUUAUUUUUUUAAAGACAGUUUUAGCUACGACGAGACGUAACGGGUUUCGAACAAGGCAUAUUAUUUGAAGUGAGGGAAGUACCAGCGUGCGUUAGUAUAUUGGACGAAAUAACGUUGUCAUUUCAGAUUGGAAAGUUUGAAAGACAAGCUUAAAUUUACCUGCCGUCUUAGCUGGUUGCUAUCUUUAGCUGAAUACCUAGAAAAUUUAGAUAACCAAAACUGCUUGUUGUCUUAACAUAGUAUUAUAGCUAGCUAAUUUGCUCAGCUGCUCUAGACCCCAGUCAGAAUGGAUGUGGGCUCAAAACUUGAGGAGCUGAAUUUAACUCCUGACGAAAUGAACCGCUUCAGCAAAGCUUUUAAAGAUGAGAAAUUCAGAGAAAUGUUGAGGGAGUACGCCGAGGAAAUAUCAAACCCGGAGAACAAGAAAAAGUACGAGGAAGAAAUAACAUUAAUGGAACAGGAGCGGGGCAUGGCUAUCAAAUUCGUCCACCCUAAACCAGAGCGGGUAUUGAAGACAAGUUUGGACGGGAAACAAAAGUGCUUCAUCAACAUUUGUAGCAAUGACUUGAUAGGCAAACCCGAAUGCAGAGCUGAGCGGGGUACCGAUGGCAGAGUUGGACAGCAGUGGUCACUGCCCUACAGUUUGACCCCAGGAAGGCCGGACCUGGACUCGAAAGGUAACAAAUAUAUGAUAUAUGAUGUUAUUUUUCAUCCAGAUGCGCUUUACAUAGCUGGAAAAAAUGAUAGGUUUAUGAAACUGGUUGAAAGCACCGCGCUCCAGGGAGUCCAAGAUCAGUUUAAAGUUAAGCUAGACGAAAAGAAUGUCAAAGUAUUAAAAAUGAAAUACAAAGGGGUACCAAACGCAACUGUCAUCCGCAAACCGGUACCUGGUCACCCCGGUAAAGAAAAACACGCGGAACCAAACGACCUCCUCAGUUUCCCAUACCCAUACGACAAUAACCAAAGUAGGUCGGACAAGACUCAGGAGGGCCCCAAACCUAAAAACUGUGAGCAGAACCAGACUAAAGUUGCCCAAAAUCAAGCUCACCUCGGAAAUAGACCCAAGCCUACUGAACCACGCUACACUGUGAAGUACAGGUCAUAUAUUGAUUUGCAAGACUACAGGUGUUCCAGAGAUUCUGCACCAGACCCAAGGCCCAAAGAGAUUGUCAUCACCAUUGAUUUGCCUCUGCUGAACUCUGCUGAGAAAGCUGAUCUGAACGUGACUGAGAAGUGCAUUGUUUUGGAAUCCCUGAAACCAUCUUACAGACUGGAGCUGCCAUUGGCAUACCCCGUGGAUGAAAAUAAAGGAGGGGCCAAGUUCAAUAAAGUCAAGAAGCAACUGACUAUUACUUUGCCGGUUCUGCCAGCAAAAAACCCACUGAAGAUUGAGGCUAACAGUCAGCAGCUUGUCAGUGAUGUGAUUAGUGGAGAGAACAGCAGUGAUCACGGCGAUAACAUAACUCAGUCAGGAGAUAUUGGAGGAGGUCAAGUACCUGCCUCUGAACUUUCAGAACAACCUGAAUGCCAUCCACUGGACAGUUCAGCAGUAGCCUCUUCCUCUCCUGCAAACACCAAUGGGUUUGAACUGACAGAACGUGCUAUUGAGGAAGCUGAAGAAUACCUCAGUUGUUCCAGUAGUUGUGAAUCUGGCUGUCAUACCGAUACUUCAAAGCACGAAGACCUCCAUCGCAAAGAAGCAGUCCCCAGUGCGGAACACGCUGAAGCAGGCGCUGAUUGUGAGGAGAAUUUCAAUGAAGAGGAGGAAGCUGACAUCUCUCAUCAAUCUCCAGAUAACGCACAGGAUGAAAAAUCAAAAGCCGCAUCUGCUAUCCCGUCUAAUCUGGGCUGUGGUGUGCAAACUGGGACCUGCUCCCAUGGGGCUAUGUAUGAAGGUCCAUGUUGUGAGCUUGGGCCAGAGCCCUGUUCAGCGCCACGGUCAGCAUUAGCCCGGGAGCGGCGAUCCCAGCGCUCUCUGCCCCUGGGUGAUGUCGCCAGAGAUCAAGGGGGCCAAGUUCUGAGCGAGAUCAGAGAAAGCCAGCCUGGCCCCUCUAGAGGUCUGAGCCCUACAGCAAAAGGUGGGGAUUGUACAGAGACUGAGAAAUUCAGUGGAGCUGUGGGAGAGGCAGAGGAAGAGAGGGUUGAGCUAGAUGAGGAUGACGUUCCCUUUGACAACCAGCCCCUUCCGGUUGUUCUGAGAGAGAUCAAUGGUGACGAGGUCAUUAGUGACCAUACCACCUCUGCUGCCUUCACCUUCCAGAACUCUCUGUUGUAUGAGCUGGAUUGACACUUCUCCUCUAAGGGUCCUGUAGAGAUGUAGCUACAUCUGUGUAGCAACAUUAUUCAUAGCCAUACUUAAAACAAUGAUUUGCUAAUGAUCACGUUUUGAUUCCAAAAUGUAAUUGUAGUCAGAUUUAUGUCAGUAUUGAGGGCACUGACUCAUGUAAAGUAAUAUUAACAAGAGAUUUCAAAAUAUGUGAGAGAAUGAUAUUUAGGACAUUAGUUUUUACCUUAAGCUUUAUGUUAAAAGGCAGAGAAUAGUGGGAGUUAUAAAACAAUAAUAGGUAUGCCAUUUUUCAGCUCACUUCCAUUUUAUUUGUUUGGAUGUUCAGACAUUCUGUCUCAUUUGCUUCUUCUGGUUGCUGCUUGUUCACAGCAGCCAUUAACUUUGUGUGCGCUUUCAGUUUGUGCUCUGUCAUUCUGGGAAGCUAGUUUUGUUACUACAGCUUGUUGCAAAGGCUAAGUUCCCAGAAGAGCAUCAGUCUCAGAGAACGGCAUGCAGACAGGUCCGCACAAGCCAAGGAAACAGCCUUAUGGUCCGUGUCUUUAGGGCAAUGUGUGAUGCAGAAGUGCAUUUUCUUCCUUCUUUAGAACAGAGAAAAAAGGUUGUGCGUUAAGGCAAGUUUUUCCUCUGCAGUGUUCAGAGUAAGUUUGAAUGCAUGAUGCCAUCUGUGUGUGGCUGCCUUGUGAUGUUUACACCAACAAUAAAAACAUACAAUUAGCUUGUUA